AUGUCCUCCCCAAAGAUCAUCCUCUAUACCAACCACCUGUGUCCAUGGGCCCACCGCGCACACAUCGCCCUCAAGGAAAGCGGCCUCAGCUAUGAAGAAGUCACAAUCGACCUGAACAAGCCGCGUGAGCCGUGGUAUCUGGAGAUCAACCCACGCGGCCUCGUCCCCACCAUCUCCUACAACGGAGUCAUAAUAACCGAAUCCGGCAUCGUAGCCCAAUUCAUCGCAGACGCACACCAAACCCACCUGCUACCCCCCUCUACAUCAACCGCAAACGCCCUCUACCGCGCGCGUGUCGCCUUCUUCGUCGAUGCCUUCUUCACCAAAGUCGUGCCCCAUUUAUUCGCCAGUAUCCGCGCCGCCGAUGAGACCGAGCGCGAUGCCGCCGCCGAGCAGCUGGUUGCUGGUAUCGUGAAGGAGGUCGAACCCCUCCUUGAAGACACGGAUGGCCAGGGCCCGUUCUUUGGUGGUAGUGAUCGAUUGACACUGGCGGAGGUUCAGUCAGGCUCGUUCGUGUUGAGAAUUUUGAGCUUCGCGAAGCCUGAACAUGGUCUUGUUUCCGCUAAGUUGACUACUUUGCUAGAGCAGGCUCCGAGGUUUAAGCGCUGGGCUGAGGCGACGGCUGCGCAUGAGAGUGUUAAUUUUAUUUAUGAUGAGAAGGCUGUGGCGGAUAAGAUGAGAGCUAGGUUUGCGCCGGCGGCGAAGGUUUAG